AGGCCCAGUUCAUUGUUGUGCCCGCUCGGUGCAUCUAAUUCUGUUAUUUGAUUUCGUGCUGUGCUAAAUUUAAACAAAGCUAAGACUGAGAAAAUAAAUAUUUAAUUAAGAUCGUUGCAAGGCGCCAUGAUUUGAAGCUGAUCGUCACUUCAGCCACUAUGGACUCCACAAAGUUUGCGACAUUCUUCGGCAAUGUGCCCACCUUCACAAUUCCUGGUCGUACUUUCCCAGUCGAUGUGAUGUUCAGUAAGAACACUUGCGAGGAUUACGUGGAAUCGGCGGUUAAACAGGCGCUACAAGUGCACCUCACACCCAACGAAGGCGACAUGUUAAUAUUUAUGCCCGGUCAAGAGGACAUCGAAGUAACAUGCGAAGUGCUGGCCGAGCGCUUAGCAGAGAUCGACAAUGCACCCGAGUUGUCCAUAUUGCCCAUCUAUUCCCAAUUACCGUCCGAUUUGCAAGCGAAAAUAUUCCAAAGGUCACCAGAAGGUUUGCGCAAGUGCGUGGUGGCCACAAACAUCGCUGAGACUUCACUGACUGUUGAUGGUAUUAUAUACGUCAUCGAUUCGGGAUACUGUAAACUGAAAGUCUACAAUCCACGCAUCGGUAUGGAUGCUCUACAGAUCUAUCCUAUCUCGCAGGCGAAUGCCAAUCAACGUUCGGGUCGUGCAGGUCGUACUGGUCCCGGACAGGCGUUUCGCCUGUAUACACAACGACAAUACAAAGAGGAUCUACUGGCGCUGACUGUGCCCGAGAUACAGCGUACUAACUUAGCGAAUACGGUGUUGCUGCUGAAGUCGCUGGGAGUGGUGGACCUGCUGCAAUUUCACUUUAUGGAUCCGCCACCUCAGGAUAAUAUACUUAAUUCCUUGUAUCAGCUGUGGAUACUUGGCGCAUUGGAUCACACUGGUGCGCUGACACCACUCGGUCGGCAAAUGGCCGAAUUUCCACUCGAUCCGCCGCAAUGCCAAAUGCUGAUUGUCUCCUGCCAAAUGGAGUGCAGCGCCGAAGUGCUCAUCAUAGUAUCUAUGCUUUCCGUUCCCUCCAUUUUCUAUCGACCCAAAGGACGCGAAGAAGAAGCAGAUGGUGUACGUGAGAAAUUCCAAGUGCCGGAAUCCGAUCAUCUAACCUACCUCAAUGUAUACCUGCAAUGGAAGCAAAAUAAUUACAAUUCCAGUUGGUGCAAUGAACAUUUCAUACACGUGAAGGCAAUGCGUAAAGUACGUGAAGUGCGUCAACAGCUCAAGGAUAUUAUGAUACAACAAAAACUCAAUGUAAAAUCUUGCGGUACUGAUUGGGAUAUUGUGCGCAAAUGCAUUUGCUCGGCGUAUUUCUAUCAGGCUGCACGCCUCAAAGGUAUCGGCGAGUAUGUGAACUUGCGUACGGGCAUGCCUUGCCAUCUGCAUCCCACAUCGGCGCUUUAUGGACUUGGCACAACACCCGACUACGUUGUGUAUCAUGAACUUGUGAUGACUGCCAAGGAAUAUAUGCAAUGCGCAACCGCUGUCGAUGGCUAUUGGCUGGCAGAAUUGGGUCCUAUGUUCUUCUCUGUAAAAGAAACUGGGCGCAGUGGGCGCGAGAAGAAGAAGCAAGCGGCUGAGCAUUUAAAGGAAAUGGAAACACAAAUGCAGUUGGCGCAAGAACAGAUGGAGGAACGCAAAUUGCAGGCAGCACAACGCGAAGAGCAGAUGACACCGAAGCAGGAAAUUAUAACGCCCGGCGGUGCUACACCCAGGCGUACGCCAGCGCGCAUUGGCUUGUAAUUGUGGCAAGAUCAUUUCGACCUACAUUCGUAUGUACAUACUUAAGUGUUCUUGUAGCCUAAUUCAUGACUCUGUAUUUUUACCAGCAACUAAUGGAAAUAAAGUGGUUAACAGAAAAAUGUUAA